CCUGCCUCUCCGCCUGGCCUGGGUUUCCUCUCCGGGAAAGAAGGGGAAAUAAAAUCAUGGAGGAGCAGAACUUCGAGUUACCCGACUCCUUCAGCGAGUUGUGGGCCAGGAUUAUUCCUGUGACAGAGUGUGUGUCAACUGGGAGCAAUCCUUCACAACAGUUUAAUAACCAGGAUGAGACCAGCAUGGAUUUGUUGUUCAAUGAGCAAAAUUUGACGGAGAACUUCGACGAGAAACUCUUUGAGCUUCCGUCUGAGAUCCUGCCGAAAGACGGAGUUACACCCCCGGCCUCCACUGUUCCGGUUACAACAGAUUAUCCGGGCGAAUAUGGUUUCCAGCUAAGAUUCCAGAAAUCUGGAACAGCAAAAUCUGUGACUUCAACAUACUCAGAACAGCUCAACAAGCUGUAUUGUCAGCUGGCAAAGACCAGUCCCAUUGAGGUGCUGGUGAGCAAAGAGCCUCCUCAGGGUGCUGUUCUCAGGGCCACUGCCGUGUACAAGAAAACGGAGCACGUGGCUGAUGUGGUCCGCAGAUGUCCCCAUCACCAGAAUGAAGACCCUGCGGAACAUCGCAGCCACCUGAUCAGAGUGGAGGGUAAUCAGAGGGCUCAGUAUUUUGAAGAUCUUCACACAAAGAGGCAGAGUGUGACUGUGCCAUAUGAGCCCCCGCAGUUGGGCUCAGAGAUAACCACAAUCCUGCUGAGCUUCAUGUGUAACAGCUCCUGCAUGGGCGGGAUGAACCGCCGGCCCAUCCUCACAAUCCUGACCCUUGAGACUCCAGAGGGGCUGGUUUUGGGCCGAAGGUGCUUCGAGGUGCGUAUCUGCGCGUGUCCAGGCAGGGAUCGUAAAACCGAGGAGGAUAACAAACAGAAAAAGGAGAACAAUGUCAAAGAAGUGAAAAAAAGAAAGAGCGCUCCUCCUGCUCCUGACACCACCUCCACAAAAAAAUCUAAAGGUACUUCCAGUGCUGAGGAGGAGGAGAAGGAGGUUUUUGUUCUCCAUGUGCGGGGGCGUGAACGCUAUGAGUGGCUAAAGAAAAUCAACGAUGGUCUGGAGCUGCUUGAUAAAGACAGCAAAAGUAAGCCCAAGCUUUCAGUGAAGCAGGAGGUUCCUGUGCCCUCCACUGGAAAAAGGCUCAUGCACAGAGGAGAGCGGAGUGACAGCGACUAAGGCGCGCGCUGCCUCGAUCUUGAGCACGUCGUGUCUUUGUUGAUCCAAGCCUUUAGGUGUAUUUCAGGUGUUCAACUUGCCGAUGGAAAACAAAACGUCAUCCUGCCUCAAAGACCCUAAAGCCGUUACCGCCUGUUCAUUAAUUACAUUAAUGUACAGUAACGUGCUGUUUUUGUACUGUUGGAAAUAAAAGUUGGCUUGUUUAUGCAAAGGAGGCGAGGAGCAGUCCCGCCUUCUCACUGCUGUCAUAUUCCUCUGAAAGGUUCUGUGAUUUACAUGUAAGCAGAUGCUUCAGAGACGGCAUUUAAUCAGUGUUAAAUCUGACAGGGAGUCUCAUCAAAAAACUGAUCAUUUUUCUUCAGGUUUUGUUUUAUAUAUUUUAAAAAAUAUGUUAAUUGGGUUAGAAGAGUUAUUCAAUAUGAUUUGAGUCUCAGUUGAAUUUAUGAGAUUCUGAAGCAUCCUGUCGUCAUGAGUCACUGCCAUUUAUUUGAGAAAGUUAAAAGUUAUGCUUGGAAAACUUGAAGUUUGUGUCAUUACUGUUGCCGUAUUACUGUACCAGUCCUUAAACUUUUUUUUUUUUUUUUGGUUUUUCCCACCACGUUGCAUGUUUGUCAGUUUUAUGCACUAUGUAAUCACGCAUGCAGUUGAUGGUAAAACAUAACCAGUGUAAAGCAGGUUUGUAAGUGGUUCUUCUGUGGGGCUUUUUUUUUUAAGUGUCUUUCUUUUAUAAACCCUUUCUAGGGAACAUAUUUUAUAACGGGUGGUCAAAAUUAACUAGAUUUUGUAGAUGAGGGGCCGGCUGGAUCACCCCAAAAACUAACCAUUUUUUAGUGUAGAUUUUAUUUUAUUUUUAUUUUUUUAAAAAGUGAUGCGAGGUUGGGAGUCUUGAAUGGUCUCACAGGGACUGGAUGUAAUGAGAAUUUUUAUUUUUUUUCCCCCUCUUGGACCUUUUUACGUUGAAAUGUGAACACUCGUGUUUGAAUGCAAACUGUUCCAUCACUUUUAUAUUCACACUGACUAAGCCACUCUUUACACUGCCAGUAGAAGCAUAUGUUUAAAGGCAUUCCUUUUUUUUCUGGACCUUUUUUUUUUUUUUUUUCGAUUGUUUUGGGAACAUAGUUUUGUAUAAGAGGUUCAUCGCUCUAUAUUUUUCUGUUAUCUUUUUUCAUUGCUGUUUUUUUUGUACUCAUUUGCAUUUUUGUAACCAUAAAGCUUUAAGCUAAAAUAAAUUCUCUAAGUAGCACA